AUGCGGCAGAGCUGCAAGCGGGUGCGAACGUGGCGCGCCGCGGUUGUGAACCCGCUCCUCCAGCACAAGGCGCGGCCCGAGAGCGCGCUCGGGAAGAAGACAAAGGAGCGCCGCGUGCAUCUCACUGCGCUUCUCUCGUCGAUCCUCGAAGCGUACGAGACCUGUGUCGUGCACUACGCCGAGACGCUCGGCAAAGAGUCGUUCCCCGAGUACUAUGCCAAUGCGAUCCUGCAGCGGGCGACGAGCCGGAAGCACGGGUUGGAGCUCCUGGAAGCGACCAUUGCAUCGCUUGUGCACACGACGACGCACCCGCGCAUCCGCUGCUUUGCCAACCUUCUCGGUGUCACCGAGAAUCCCUUCAACCCGAAAGAGAAGACGACACUCUUUCUGCGCCUCAUCGAACGCAUGUACCGGCUCAAGACCAACGACGCCGCCAAGGGCCUCGCGACCUACGACGAUGUGGCGUCCGUGGCUUGCGUCGUCUUUCACAACAUUGGGUUUGGCCAAGCCGCCGCGCGCCGCGUCGUGCGGGACCUCUUCCAUGAACCCGACCCCUACUGGACGUUCGAGUACCUCGCGCCCACGUGCGUCGAGCUGACUGUGGAGCGCGGGUGGCCCGCUGGCGCCGAGUCCGACCUCCUUGAGCAAGUCAGCCGCCUGGGCUCGUCCAUGCGCAACGCCAACGGCACACGUAAAGUCGACGGCGACGCGUUCCUCGAGCUCAUCCUGAGCGCGUGGAACCACCGAGCGCAGCAGUUGUACCUCGAUCUCGACAACGCUUGCGAUAAGGAAGAGGCCAAUCUCGCGGCGGCAAUUGAUGCGACGCGACAGCAGUGUUACGACCGCGCCAACAUCGCACCGGCGACCGCGGCCGAAGAAGCCAUCUUUCACGACGUGCUCGCAGCCCACUGGCUCGCCGACGUCGACCUGAACGCUGUGGGGCACGAAUGGCACCGGCCGCUGCGCGAUAUCCAGCGGCUCUAUGCGAGCUACCGUGACACACAAGCCGCUCAAAGCGGCAAGAAGGCAUGGGACUGGGAGGCGUGGAGAUGGGAAGCCGAUUGGGACUGGGGCGGUCUGAUUGCAUCGGUCAAAAACCAUCGCGACCACGAGGCACAUGUGCUCACGUCGUCGCAAUUGCCGCUCACAAACGACUCGGGGGUCUUGGACCUCGCCGAGUGCACGCUUGGCGACCGCAACAUGCAGAAAAUGGGUCAGUUCCUCCAGCUACCGACGCGCAAGCUGCACACGCUCCGCGUCUCCGGCAACGGCGUCCGCGACAAGGGCUGCGAGACCAUCGUCCGUGCGAUUCAGAGUAGCCAGCCCAGCGUGCUCGAGCUCAAUUUGUCCGACAACGCCAUUGGCGUCCAUGGCGCCCGCGCCCUCCGCGACGUCCUCACGGCCAAGACGUGUCGCAUUGAAGUGCUUUGCCUCGACAACAACAAGCUCGGCAACGUCGUGGGAAAGGCGUUCAUGGAGGACGUGGCCUCAUCGAACCGGUCGCUUCGAACCCUCUCGCUGCGGCGGAACGAGCUCAACUGCGGCCACGCCGUCGCCCACCUUCUCCGCGUGCACCCGACCAUCCAGCGCUUGGAUCUGUCAUGGAAUGUCUUUCGUGGGCUGCACGUCGUGCCGAUGGCAGCGGCGCUCACCGACAAUGGAACCCUGCAGGAGCUGCAUAUGAGCUACAACGCGGCGGGCGAUGCGGGCUUCGCAGCACUCACCAAGGCACUCGCGAUGAACAAGGUGCUACGGCACCUCGAUGUGGGCCACAACAACGUGCUGGCGAUCCUCGAUAUAAAGAAUCUGCUCAAGACGCUGUCGCAUCACUUGUCGCUCGAGACGCUCGUGCUCUGUGGCAACCCGUUGGGGCCAAGCGUCGUGGCGACUCUUGAAAAGGACAUGGCGGGCAGUCGCGUGCAGAUGCACUUGAGCGGCUGUUCGCACGCAUCGAGCUCGACGUACCAAUUGCCAGGCGCACGAUAG